AUGAGCGCAGAAGAAGAGAUGCGCACGCGAGAGAAGGUCAAGGGUAACAGCCCACGGCAAGACUGGAGCAAGUAUGCCAUCAACGGCAGUGAGUCGCCUCAGCGAAGGCCGAGCGACUCAGACAACAGAGCGGGUCAAGGCUGGGGCACCCAAGACCACAUCUCCCACCCAGGUAUUGCAGAACUCCACGCCUUUUCCACACCAACACAGUCUGCGCCCACAUCAGCAACCUUACCAUACCCUCAUUCAGGCCCCGAUCUCCACACCCUAAUCUCCUCAACGUCCGCUGCGGGGCCAAGUUCCCAAGCCUUUCCCACCAGUCGCCCGUCCACCAGCAGUCGCAACAAAGACACCAGCACAUCCAAACCCUCCAAGUCCAACUCUUCAAAGGCCAGGCCGGAUAAAGGCAAACAACCACAGUCGCAAACGAAUGGUAAGGCUGCAGCUACUGCGUCUCAACAGGCGAAUGAAGGAUGGCCCGUACCCAUGAGUCGCACGCAGAGGGACAAAGAUAAGAAGAAGCGGAGUAAGGCGAUGGUGCUGAUGGAGCACGUGGAUAUCAUCAAAGAUGAUUUUUGGGAGAAGAGGCCCUGGAUUCUGAGUGGGAAGACGGGUUGA